AUGCUUCAAGUCAAACAAAUAAAGUGGUUUCUAAUCACCAUGAAUCAAACAUUUAUAGCAGAGUUCUCCAUUCUGGCAUUAGCAGACCAUCCUGAUAUAAAAAUAAUUCUCUUCUGUAUUAUCUUUAUGAUAUAUUUACUAGCAUUGGCAGGUAAUGUAACAAUUCUAUUGAUUUCCCAUUUGGACACACACCUACAUAUGCCAAUGUACUUCUUCUUGCAAAAUUUAUCUUUUUUGGACAUUUGCUAUACUUCAACUACCAUGCCAAAAAUGAUGCAGUUGCUCUUAGCAGAGAAAAGGUCAAUCUCAUUUUCAAACUGUGUGGCCCAAAUGUAUACAUUUAUUACCCUGGUAGGCACUGAAUGUGUUCUACUUGCUGUAAUGUCCUAUGACCGUUUUCUUGCUGUUUGCAGCCCUCUUAGAUACACUUCUAUUAUGAAUCAUAAGAUUUGCAUUAUGCUUGCAGGUUUAGCUUGGCUUUCUGGACUUGUAAAUUCAAUUGUUCAUACUUUCUUCACUUUUCGCCUUAACUUCUGUGGUUCCAACACAAUCAAUUACUUUUAUUGUGACAUACCUCCAAUGCUUUCUAUUUCAUGUGAUGAUACAUCAAUCAAUGAGACACUAUUGUUGUCUAUUGGAGUCUUCAUUGGCUGGACACCAUUCCUUUGCAUUAUUGUCUCUUAUAUUUAUAUUAUUGCGACAAUUAUAAAAAUGAAGUCCAAUGAAGGAAGGCAAAAGGCCUUUUCCACCUGCAGCUCCCACCUUCUAGUAGUUAUUUUAUAUUUUGGUAGUGUCCUCUUUAGCUACGUGAGGCCAAUUUCCUCAUACUCUAUGGCCAAAGAUCGACUUAUUUCUGUUCUCUAUAGUGUUGUAUGUCCAAUGCUGAACCCUGUUAUUUAUACAUUGAAGAACCAGGAUGUUAAAAAAGCUUUAUAUAGGCAAUUUAUUCAUAAAAAAGAAUGUGUAUUAGUAAAGGAAACUUUUGGUUGA